AGAGGCAGCCAAUGGGAGCCCUCAUCGAAGAAAAGGACCUAUCAGCCUCCGGCCCGGCGGCGCCCGGGAAGGAAGAAAGAACGAGCACCGCACCGCGCCCAGGAACACCCUGGAGGGAGAAGCCACCCUGCGCCCGGACAACCGCUCCGCUGCAGUGGAGACCCGAAACUCUCAGGAGCCCAAGGCUGCCCAUCUCACGUCACCUGCCACUGCCCUUGGCUUGUACUCUUGCCGUGAGCUGAUUCACCACCUAGGAGAGGACCAUGCAGCUGGAGAUCAAAGUGGCCCUGAACUUUAUCAUCUCCUACUUGUACAACAAGCUGCCCCGGCGCCGGGCAGACCUGUUUGGGGAGGAGCUCGAGCGGCUCUUGAAGAAGAAGUACGAAGGCCACUGGUACCCUGACAAGCCGCUGAAGGGCUCUGGCUUCCGCUGUGUUCACAUUGGGGAGAUCGUGGACCCCGUGGUGGAGCUGGCCGCCAAGCGGAGCGGCCUGGCGGUGGAGGAUGUGCGGGCCAACGUGCCCGAAGAGCUGAGCGUCUGGAUUGACCCCUUCGAGGUGUCCUACCAGAUCGGCGAGAAGGGGGCAGUGAAAGUGCUGUACCUGGAUGACAGCGAGGGCUGUGUUGCACCAGAGCUGGACAAGGAGUUCAAGAGCAGUUUCAACCCUGAUGCCCAGGUCUUCGUGCCCAUCGGCAGCCAGGACAGCUCCCUGUCCAACUCCCCAUCACCAUCCUUCGGCCAGUCACCCAGCCCCACCUUCACCCCCCGCUCCGCCCAGCCCAUCACCUUCACCACCGCCUCCUUCGCCGCCACCAAGUUUGGCUCCACCAAGAUGAAGAAGGGGGGCGCAGCAGCAAGUGGCGGGGGUGUGGCAGGCAGCGGGGCAAGUGGCCCGCAGCCUCCCCAGCAGCAGCCCCGCAUGGCCCGCUCUCCCACCAACAGCCUGCUGAAGCACAAGAGCCUCUCUUUGUCUCUGCACUCGCUGAACUUCAUUGCGGCCAACCCGGCCCCUCAGUCCCAGCUCUCCCCCAAUGCCAAGGAGUUCGUGUACAACGGCGGGGGCUCUCCCAGCCUCUUCUUUGAUGGGGCCGAUGGAGGGGGCAGCGGGGCUGGCACCUGCAACAGCAGUGGUUUCGACGUGGCCCAGGUAUUUGGAGGCGGCGCCAACAGCCUCUUCCUGGAGAAGACACCCUUCGUGGAAGGCCUCAGCUACAACCUGAGCACCAUGCAGUACCCCAGCCAGCCCUUCCAGCCCGUCGUGCUGGCCAACUGACCGCCCGCCUGCUGCGGGGCCAGGAGCGCCCAA